GAUAUGAGAAGAUACACAGUUGUCCGAAUGACUGCAUUUUAUAUCGUGGUGAAAAUAGGAACCAAGAGUCGUGCCGAAUAUGUGGAACCCCACGAUGGGGAAAACAUAAAGAUGACGAGAAUGAUUCGUUGACUGAAGUGGAUGCUGCACCGACUAAGAAAAAACCGGCUAAAAUUUUGAGGUAUUUUCCACUUAUACCAAGAUUGAAAAGGAUGUUUGCAUCACCGAAGACGGCUUCCUCGAUGAGAUGGCAUGACGAAGGCCGUACAAAGGAUGGAAUGUUACGACACCCAGCGGAUAGUCCCGCAUGGAAAGCAUUUGAUGAUAGGCAUCCCGAAUUUGCUUCUGAUGCUCGCAGUGUCAGACUGGGUUUGGCUACUGAUGGGUUUAAUCCCUUUCGAACUAUGAGUUCUACAUACAGCACUUGGCGGGUUGUUUUGGUUCCAUAUAAUUUACCUCCAUGGAUGUGUAUGAAACAGUCUUCACUCAUUUUGUCAAUGGUUAUUCCAGGUGAUAAGGGCCCAGGUAAUGAUAUUGAUGUUUUUUUGCAGCCUUUAAUAGAGGAAUUGAAACAGUUAUGGGAGGGUAUUGAUGCAUUUGAUGCUUUUACUGGUCAAACAUUCAAAUUGCGUGCAGCUCUUAUAUGGACUAUUAAUGAUUUUCCUGCAUAUGCUAAUUUAUCCGGUUGGAGCACUAAGGGGCGUAUUGCAUGUCCUUCUUGUGGAGAUUCAACCCAUUCAUAUUGGUUAAAAAAUGGAGGAAAGUUCUGUUAUAUGGGCCAUCGUCGAUGGUUAGAACCAAACCAUCCAUUUCGAUUUCAGAAUGAUCUGUUUGAUAGUACCACAGAGUUGCGUUCUGCCCCUAUUCCACCAACUGGUACCGAAGUUCUUAGACAAAUGCAUGGCACAAAUUACAUACCUGGUAAGGUCUCCAAAUGUUUAAAAAAGAGGGGAAGGGAGGAUGUUGGUAGCUCAUUAAAUGAAGGGUUAAUAUCAGAGAUUUUAGAGGAUGCUAACUUUUUUGAGAAUGAUGACAAUGCAUAUGGACAGGAAAAUGAUGAUGACACAUUGGUUGCUUCUACACAUAAACAGUUAUGGAAAAAAAGAAGUAUUUUUUUUUGAUUUACCUUAUUGGGAGUAUAAUCUUCUUCGACAUAAUCUUGAUG